AUCGGAAGACUUUAUAGCAAACACAACACGAAAACGUUGCAAAUGUGUUACAAUAUAAAAGAAAAAUAGUUAUUGAAAAUUUCGAAGACAACGUUUUUGCAGAAAAAAAAAAAUAAAGAAAAUUUUAAUAUUUAAAUAGAUAAAUUUAUUAUUAACCCGUCAUAAACAAAAAAAAAAAAAAACAAAAUAAAAAGUUAUUACUGAUAAAUGUAUAUAGGCCUAUUAAAAGAUUUAUUAAACGUGUUAAACAAAAAAAAAACACUUUUUAAUUAAAUACAAACAACAACAAGAAAAAUAAUCAAUAAUUAUAAAUAAUUAAAUCAACGAUACCAACAACAAACAACCAACAUUUACCAUUGAAACACCUACAAAAACCAGAAACAAGUAUUCACUUGCUGUGGUAGUUGGAUUCCAGUCUAAAGUUCAUAUUUAAAAGCAUAGCCACCAACAGUAAUUCACAUGCAACAUGGAUUUAUCUUCGGAAGCUGGUAGUACACGACGGAAUUCAUUUACAUCGCAACAAAAUAUUGCCCAUGAUAUAAUCGCUGAUAUUUAUGUAACAUCCGAUGGUCCAGAUGAAUUUAGUACAUUUACCACGGAUAUUUCAUUAAGGAAAGGUGUUGGUCUAGCUGAUGCUUAUACUGCUGCAACACAACCUACUAACACCAACACAGGUAGAGGAGCCAGCAAUAAACGCAGCUAUUCAGUGGAUACAAUUAAAUUUCAAUAUCCACAAUUGCAACAGCCACCCGCGUCAUCAGCGCCAUCAUCAACAACUUCCUCUCGACCACAACAACAGCAGCAACAGCCAUUGCCUCCCACUUUGGCCACCAUAGCUGCACGUAAACAACGUCAGCGUAGCCAAUCUGCUCAAUAUUUAAAUACAACUUUAGUCAAACCAUUAACACCAACAGCAGUACCAUCAUCUGCAUCAGUAACCUUCAACGACAGCCACCAAAAUUUCAAUAGUGAAGAGGUGAAUUUAAAAGAGGAUGCGAAUGAGGAAGAAUUUAUAGAUUCAUUAAUAGCUGAAUACAGUUAUUCUCCAGAUGAUUACAACAAUAAUAAUAACAGCAGCAACAAUAAUAAUUUCCCUCAUGACGCUGGCAAUGAGGGCGACGAUGAAAAUGAGGAAAAUAUGGAAGAUGGUAAUGAUGACGAUGACGAUGAGGACUUAACACAAGUCUCGAGUUUCGAUGACGACUGUUAUGUAUUGGAUGUUCAUAGUUCGAUGCGUAAAGAAAUCUUUGUUAAUCGUUCGUUACAUUUGGAAAAUAUUAAAUUCUAUGGCUUCGAUAUGGAUUAUACUUUGGCUGAAUAUAAAUCUCCCCAGUAUGAACAAUUGGGUUUCGAUUUGGUCAAAGAACGUUUGGUUAGCAUGGGCUAUCCCAAAGAAAUCAUGCAAUUCGAAUAUGAUCCCUCAUUUCCCAUACGUGGUCUUUGGUUUGAUACUUUAUACGGCAAUCUCUUGAAAGUCGAUGCUUAUGGCAAUAUUUUAGUUUGUUGUCAUGGUUUUGAAUUUCUUAAACAUUCUCAAGUUUAUGAGUUGUAUCCAAAUAAGUUUUUAAAAUUAGAUGAAUCACGUGUUUAUGUUUUGAAUACUCUUUUCAAUUUACCUGAAACUUAUUUACUGGCCUGUUUAGUGGAUUUCUUUACAAAUAGUUCGGUGUACACAGAAGAUCGCACUGGUGUUAAAGCUGGUGAAUUAUUUAUGUCUUUCAAUUCCAUAUUCCAAGAUGUUCGCCGUGCUGUAGACUGGGUUCACAUACAGGGUGAUUUAAAGAAACGAACUGUAGAGAACCUCGAUUACUAUGUCAAAAAAGAUCCACGUCUACCCAUGGUCUUGGCACGCAUACGCGAAUCGGGCGCCAAAGUUUUCUUACUCACCAACAGCGAUUACAAUUUCACCAAUAAAAUUAUGAAUUACAUUUUCGAUUUUCCACAUGGCGCUAAGCCCGAAGAACCUCAUCGUGAUUGGAAAACUUAUUUCGAUGUUAUUGUAGUGGAUGCCCGCAAACCUUUGUUCUUUGGCGAAGGUACUAUUUUGCGUCAGGUUGAUACUGAAACGGGAGCUUUGAAAAUUGGUACCCACAUUGGUCCCUUACAACCGGGACAAGUUUAUUCGGGUGGUUCUUGUGAGGUUUUUACGAAUUUCAUUAAUGCCAAGGGUAAAGAUGUUUUAUAUAUUGGUGAUCAUAUCUUUGGUGAUAUAUUGAAGUCGAAAAAGAUUCGUGGUUGGCGUACAUUUUUGGUGGUGCCUGAAUUGGUGCAGGAAUUACAUGUGUGGACUGAUAAGUGUCAAUUUUUCGCUGAAUUACAGCAAUUGGAUUGUCAAUUAGGUGAAAUGUAUAAAAAUCUCGAUUCGAGCACUAAAGAAAAACCCGACAUUUCCAAAUUGCGCGCUUCCAUACGCGAUGUUACCCAUAAAAUGGACAUGGCUUAUGGUAUGAUGGGUUCGCUAUUCCGUUCCGGUUCUAGACAGACAUUCUUCUCCAGUCAAGUGGUCAGAUAUGCUGAUUUAUAUGCUGCCACUUUCUUGAAUUUCAUUUAUUAUCCAUUCUCCUAUAUGUUCCGUGCACCGGCCAUGCUCUUACCUCACGAAUCGACAGUGGCUCAUGAGCAAAGAUUCCAAAUAGAAACUCCCAUGAUACAGAGAGGCAGAGGUAAAGCUGAAUCGAAUACAACAGUUGCAACCAGUAACAGCUCGUUGACUGAAAGCAAAAUUACGGAAUAUGUAGCGGCAGCUAAGGCAGCACAAACAGAUGUAGCCAGUAAAGUUGAAGCAGAAGAAAAGCCCGUUACUGUGCCUCAUACCCGCCCCAGUACACCACGUACGGUUACCCAUACCCACGAUGAAGAUUAUUCAGAAGAAGAAUCCGAUCCCAAUAACAAAAGUGACGGUGAAAAUGGCCAAGAUGUCGAGCCAGAAGAAACCAAAAAUUAAUUCACAAGCAAGUCUUUUGCAAAUUGCAAAGGGAUUAAAAAGUUUAGCUGGUUGAACCAGCUUCAUUUAUUUUCCAAAAACAACCAACAAAAUAAUUAUUAAUUACCCAUGUUAUAUAACCAUGUUUAUUAGGAAUUUUUUUGAAACUGAAAAGAUUUUAAUGUUUUAUUAACGAUUUUAUUAUUACUAUAUGUAUGUUAUAUGUAUCUACUAUAUCUAUGUACUAUAUAUAUACUUUUUUAUUUUAUUAGAACUUUUUUUGUAUUGUUUUAUCUUUUUUAAUUUAUGUUAAUUUUUUAGGUUUUAUCUUAAAAUUAAAAACCAAAAAAAAAAAAAAAAGAAACAAAAAGAAAUCGUUGAUAACUUUUACACAUGUAGAGCUUGACAUUUAAUAACUAAUAAAAAAAGGUAUAUUUAAAAUUAUAUAAACAAA